AUAUAUAUGUAUAUUUUUUAAACAAUAUUCUAACAAUCUCCCAAUUCUCUGUAAUUAGGUUUCUUUUCCAUGUUUAACAGCUAAUUAAAAUUAUAAAGAAAAUAUUUGAUCGAAUCCUUCAUCAAGCUUGCUUUGGAGAUCAUUUAGAUUGUUCACGAAAUGAUGUUUCAGGUGGCGGAGGUGGUGGUGGCGGCGGCGAUGGUGGCUGCGAUGAGUAUUGGUGUUAAUGCAGAUGAUACCAAUGAUGUGUUUAGCCCUUGUUUAGAUGCUAAAGUAGCAAAAUCAGAUGGAUUUACGUUUGGUCUUGCAUUUUCUAGCAAGGAAUCAUUCUUUUUUGAUCAAGUUCAACUUUCACCUUGUGAUAUUCGUCUUUCUCUUUCUACCAAAACGGCACAACUUUCUAUUUUUAGGCCAAUAGUUGAUGAACUUUCUUUGCUUACUAUCAAUAGCACCACCUUUGAUCCGGUUAAGUUUGGUGGUUAUAUGGUAGCAUUUGCUGGAAGGAAGUAUGCAGCUAGAUCACUUCCAAUUAUGAUGGCUGAUAAUAAUUUGAUUAUUACUAGCUUCACUCUGGUCCUUGAAUUCCAGGAGGGUACUCUUCAGAAUUUGUAUUGGAAGAAUUUUGGGUGCGAAACUUGCUCUAGUGGUUUUGUUUGUCUCAAUGAGAAAGAUUGUGCAAUUCAGACCUCAAAGUGUACCGUUCACGGUGGCUCUAUUGACUGUAGCCCGAGUAUACAAUUAGCAUUCUCUGGUACUGACAAGAAUCUCGAAUCUCUGAAUUCGUGGUACGAGGUAUCAAAUCUCCGGCAAUACUCUCUCCAUGGACUAUACUCGGAUCUCCAAGACUCUGUUAACCAAUUAACUGGCCAGCUCUAAGAGAUAGAUAUGUAUACUCUUUUUUUCAGUUAUAUUGCCUUGCUAUGUGAUGCAACAGUUAAUUUAUCUAUAUAUUGGUACAACAGUUUUGUCUUAAUUAUGGAUUUAUUGAAUAUUGAGGUGUCUGUCUUAAUUGUGUAA